CAAUCCAAGCGAAACGGCCGCACAAAAAUGGCGACGUCAAAAAGUGCGAAUACGUAUAACCGCCUUAAUUGGGAAGAUGCAGAGUUCCCUAUCCUGUGUCAAACCUGUCUUGGGGAUAAUCCAUACGUUCGGAUGACAAAGGAACGUUUCGGCAAAGAAUGCAAGAUAUGUGCCCGUCCCUUCACAGUUUUUCGAUGGUGCCCAGGAGGACGGAUGCGCUUCAAGAAGACAGAGGUAUGCCAAACGUGCAGCAAACUGAAAAACGUCUGCCAAACUUGCCUGCUAGACCUCGACUACGGCCUUCCGGUACAGGUCCGAGACAACGCGCUUUCACUCAAAGACGAAAUGCCCAAGUCAGACGUAAACAAAGAGUACUACUCGCAAAACAUGGAGCGCGCCGUUGAAGAUACUGAACCCAAUCAACCGUACGGUGCUCUGGCGAAGGCGCAAACACCCAGCGACGUUUUAAUGAAGCUUGCACGUACAACACCGUAUUACAAGCGCAACAGGCCGCACAUAUGCAGCUUUUGGGUGAAAGGAGAAUGUAAGCGCGGCGAGGAAUGUCCGUACCGGCACGAGAAGCCCACGGACCCCGACGAUCCCCUGGCUGAUCAGAAUAUUAAAGAUCGUUACUACGGUAUCAACGAUCCCGUCGCCGACAAGCUCAUGCGCCGUGCAGCAGCGAUGCCCAAACUGGAACCACCCGAAGACCUCUCCAUCACGACGCUUUAUGUCGGCAACCUUGGAGAGAAGUUGACGGAGAAAGACCUCCGCGACCAUUUCUACCAGUACGGCGAGAUCCGGAACGUCACCAUGUUGGCACGACAACAGUGUGCGUUCGUCCAGUUCACCACUAGGGUCAGCGCGGAGAUUGCUGCAGAGAAGACCUUCAACAAGCUGAUCUUGGGCGGGAGGAGGCUGGUCAUCAAGUGGGGGCGUCCACUUUCCAAGGCUCCAAGCAUCGCCGGGGCUGGUGAGCAGUGCGAAGGAGCGAAGAGGCUGGAGCCGGUUCCAGGCCUUCCGGGUGCGCUGCCGAUGCCCCCGCAGGAACUCUCGAACAAUUAUUUCAACUUGGGCGCGGGACCGUCUUCGGGUAUGGGACCGCCACCGCCCCCGAUGAACUUUCCUCCCGGGUUUGCGGGUCCUCCGCCACCUCCUGGGAUGCCGUUCCGGCAGGCGAUACACUACCCGUCUCAAGACCCGCAGAGGUUGGGUUCGACAGGAAUGCGCGGACAGACGCAGACUUGAAACGGUCUGUGCUUCGAGCGGCUUCGCAAGUCAUGGUUCUCAGUGAUUGCAGCACAAGCCAUAACACUGAUUUCCAAAGCGUAAAAAAAAUGGUCGUUACGCUUUUUUUUUGCUACAGUUACUUUGAAAUCAACCUUGGUGAUGUCACGCAAAGUCUAACAUUUCCAUUGAUCAUUGCUCUGACGAAAUAAACAGCGUUGUACGUUCACCCUCCA